AGACAUAAUCAACAAUGAAGUUAAAUACGCAAAUCUUUAUCGCCGCUACCAUCCUGGCUUCGAUUGUUACCGCUGCUCCCAUGCGAAAAGACGCAGAAACCUCUAUAAUCUGCAAUCUUGCGUGGGCAAACAGUGAGCACGCACUGGAUACGGACUGUACGGGCGCUGAUAUUAUAUUCGCAGAUCCUUCUAUUCCUGAUGCGCGAGUGUCCAAGGCUCUCAAGGACCACAGCGUCGACAUCAUGGCAUAUCUGAGCGUUGGGACAGUCAACCCAGAAUACACACCUGAUGACAGGUUAGUAGCACUCGCCUGGAAGCAAAAUAAGGACAAGAAUAGUGAGGGUGAUGUCUGGGGGGAUUGGUUUUUCAACACAAAUGAUUUGAUCCCGAAAGUUCUUCCAAUCAUGGAGGACAUCAUAAGUAGCUACAAAGAAAGGGGCUUUACUAUGAUCUCCACCGAUAAUGCAAAACCUUCCACCGGUGUCACUGAUAAUAAUACUCAAUCCAAGAGCUAUGCCGACAAAGAGCGAAUCGACCCGCGUUAUGUGGCGUACAUGCAGGAGAUUGUGAAGUUUGCGCACUCCAUAGGCUUGAAGGUCACGUUGAAGAACCCGUCGUAUUACGUUAAUGAACCCGCGGUGGUGAAUGAGUUUGACGCUUACAUUAUAGAGUCUAUGUUCAACUACUACCCGUGGGACGUGGAUACACACGAGUCCCUCUUGUACACGCAGAAACCUCUUUGGUUGUUCCAGUACCCAGGAAUCAAUCACCUGACUAAGGAUAUGUUGGAUGAGAUGAAGGAGCGGAAUAUUCACUUGGUCUACAUGGACUCUCCUUCAGGUUACCAUCAAUUCCGCGUUUAAAGCUGCCAUCAUACAAGAGUUAAACACCAAAUAAACAUCGAAAUAGUCG